AUGCUCAAAACAACGACGGAGACGGGAGAUAUCGGGCUCUUCUCCAUCAAGGCUGGAGUGUCACCAGCGACGUACAGCCAUCCCCCACGAAAACGACUACACUUGGCCGACGCUGGCCCUUUGCCACUGCCUCGUGCCAGGUUGUAUGACGAUGCAAACUACCCGGAUGACUACAGGCGUUUCCGGUCCUAUCGGGAUACAACUUCCGAGAUCAUCUCUCUGUACGGGUCCGACAACCAGCAGUACUGGCUUCAGGCCUCUCCUCCUCUGUUCCUGGAUGAAUUUCCGCGGUCCUACUCGUUGACACCAUGCAGUUCCAGGCAGAUGCCGUUCCAAAAGUUUUCGGGUACGCUACAGAGUCAUGCAAAUGCUGGCCUGCAGCGCCCUCGAUCCCCUUUCCCCUAUCCAACUCGUUUGAAACGGCCCGGCGUUCGGCCUGCGUCCCCCGCACUUGCUGAGAAUGGCGGUAUCGACUAUAGCCGAAUGGUUGAGCUUGACCGAGUGUCCCAGCGAACUGUACACGGGUCCUACAAACCAAGUUAUGCUCACGGGUCUCGACGUCCUCCGCCACUCUCUCUCCGCGCGGAGGCCAACAGAUCAACUGCUUCCCUGCCCUUGCGAUCCUCUCCAGGGUCGUGCCACUUUAGCUCAGGCCCAGGUCGGAUUCGCACUCCAGGCUCUGCCAUAUCCGCCAUCUCAAGAUCAUACGAUAGGCAGCAUGCCGGCUCAUUCGAUCAGAGUGUGCGAUCUGCAAGUCUCACCUCCAUCGUGGAAAUGUAUCAGAGACCCACGACGGCCUGCAGCACUGGCCAGCCCCUCCGUUCUGCGGGUUCGUUUUAUUACGACUAUAGUGAGGAGUUUGACAAGCCAGCGCCUUUGAACCCCUUUGCCGAGUUGGAAGCUCCAAUUUGCCCAAUUCCCCAACGAGCUGGAAGCAGCAUCCAGCCGAUGGUACUCAGGGACGACACACAGGCUCACCUGGAUACAGAUACGAGCCCCGAUGGCGAUUUGCAUUUGCCAAGGUGUCGACAAGGUGAGUCUGCCGCGAUCAACAUCAUGGGUUCGGAUGCUCGUCGACGACACCGUCACGAUCACUCUAUCCGCAGCAUAGACGAUGUCUUGUUGAAUGCCGUCGAUGCGAAACCACCUCAGAUGGAAAUUUCAGCCAACACGGACGAUUUUGACGAGUCUUGUCUGACAGAACUACUUGGUGGACACGAUGAUACGCCCUCUGCUCCGUCUGCCAGCGAGCCGAGUGUGAUCAAUCGGCAGGGGCUUGCGGCGCGUCCCAAGGGCGAGCCGACUGGCGAUGGCGAAAACAUUCCGGCAUCACAAGCAGGGGUAUGGCGACGUUCAAAGGCGCUGGGAUCCGGGUCGGAGCCUCCCGAGUGCUUCCAGACCAAGCGUGCCUCUUCCUCGAAUCGCAAACCGUUUCGAUGCACGCCUGAAUGCACGCUUGAUCCUGCCAUGUCGGAAUUUGCCUCUCUCUUUUCCUCGUUUGACGGACAGGCGACGACGACACCAAGUGCAAGCAGAGGCGAAGAAGUGGCCAAGGAAAGAAGCUGCGCGCUGUCUUCGAGCCAUGGCGACAUCAAGGCUGGCAGGUUGCCAGAACCGCAUAGUCGUCACCCCUCUGUCCGACUGGCCAAGGUAGCGACAGCAGAUGUCGAUGCUGUGCACAAAAGGCGACACCGCCGCAACGCCGCGGCGACGAGAAUUGAUACAGACGGACUGGCCGACAUCGGAGCCGCGCUGGAUCUCGCUCCGCCUGAAAGUGAGAUGGCCAUUCUGUCGCCGGAGCCUAUCUCUCCGGCGGGCCAGCUGAGGGUAAAGCACAGCAUCCCGCAACUGAUGAAAGCGUUACCUCCAUUACCCCGGGAGGCGAAUGGGACACCAGAUGCGGCCCGCCUGGACGAGGCGCAUGGCCAUGAUGGGUCGGAAACACUUGCGCCCUCCAAGGCAUCCACUGCCGGUAAUGGCUUUCGCGGCACGGAACGCUCGUCGGACGAAUCUGGUCCCCUAGUGUUGGCGGGAGUCCCAACGGCGAUGCAAGAGAAUCCCGUUGUGAGGACAUCGACGUCUCAAGUCUCGCAAGUUGGGAGCCUUUCCAAGGGUUUCAAAAAAGACCAGGUCAAGCAUCUGGGACCGAAUGGGUCCUCUGGGGGGAAGCGGCUGAAACUCAAGAUCUCCCGUAACCAGCUCGGGCAAGCUCGGUCCGGGCACAAAGCAUUGAUGUUUCGUAGCAACCGGUUGAAGCAAUGCAAUUCACUUGCAGAUUUAGCAGCACAAUCGACGCGUACCAUGUCGGCUGCAAGACUGUACACGCGGGAACUGGAACACCGACCGAAGCAAGCGGUGGCAGGCGGGGCGUCGGGUUCUUCGGAGGCUCGAGACGGGCGUACACCGACAGAUGCACAGCUAGCUGAUCCUUCAACUCAAGCGUCUGACCAGCUCCACGUUCCGUACCCACCGUCACCGGACAAGUUGUGCAGGCUUCUGCGAUCAAGCGGCUCAACGAGCAGGGCGGCGCUAAACGAGAUGCGCAGCUUCAGCUCGGAUGUACAUCACGUCAGGCAUCGAGGAGUUCGGCAGAAGUUAUCUGUGUGGCGGCUGCGCUUCACGGGAGCACCAUCGACUGCGGCAUGGAAAAAGACGGAGAUGGCGGUGUUGCUCAGUGACGGCGAGAAAGCCAGGCCAGUAAGUGCCAAUGACAAAUUUCCUCGCCCGGAUGCGGCCGAGAUGAAGGGGCCGUCGAUGUCAACUCGAUCGGAAAGAGUCGGCGGGAGGGUGCGAAGAUGGGCCAGCGACGCCAAAGAAGCGGUGCGCUCGUACAUGCGACGAACUUUGGAUCGAUCGUCGCGAUUGAGUGGAUGA